AUGGGGCUCGCAUCCGCCACAAAGGCUGAGAUCGGCAAGUCCGACCCCAUCCUCACACGGCUUGCGAACGAGGACAAGACGUAUUGGUUCAUGAAGCCAAACUUGCGAUUCCUCUACUUUAUGCUCUUCCCUACAUGCAUGGGGAUCGAGUUGACAUCGGGAUUCGACUCUCAGAUGAUCAAUGCGCUCCAGAUUGUACCAGCAUGGAAGACCUACUUCGACAAUCCACAGGGCGCGCUGAAAGGCAUCAUAGCCGCUGCUUAUUCCCUCGGUGCAAUUCUCUCGCUCCCUCUUGUCCCCAUUGUGAAUGAGAGGUUGGGUCGGCGAUGGUCUAUUUUUCUCGGCUCGUCUAUUAUGAUGGUUGGAGCCCUCAUCCAGGGAUUCUCGCAGCACGUUGGCAUGUACAUCGUCGCCCGAAUGAUACUGGGAUUCGGCAUCCCCACCUGCAUCGUAUCUGGCUCUUCGCUCAUCGGAGAGCUUGCCCAUGCAAAGGAACGGCCGGUGAUGACGUCUCUCUUCAACGUGAGCUUCUUUGUCGGGCAGAUCACCGCUGCCGCAAUCUGCUUCGGGACCAACAGCAUUCCCAACGACUGGGCGUGGAGGAUACCAUCUCUGCUCCAGAUCUGCCCCUCUCUCCUACAGGUCUCGUUUGUCUUAUUCCUACCAGAGAGUCCCCGGUGGCUCAUCACAAAGGACCGGGCCGAAGAGGCUCGAGCCAUCCUGGUCAAGUAUCAUGCCGAGGGAGACGAUGAAUCGGAAUUCGUAAAGGCCGAGAUGGCCCAGAUGCAUACGACUAUCCAGUUGGAACUCGAGGGGUCCAAGAAAUCAUGGUUGGAUUUAUUCAACACGGCUGGAAUGCGGCGACGUGUGCUUAUCACGACGAUGCUUGGUCUCUUUACCCAGUGGUCCGGAAACACGCUCAUCUCGUACUACCUCGGCGACUUACUCGCCAUUAUUGGCUUCAAGGAGUCAACCUUCGUCCAGAAGAUUAAUCUUUCCAUCGCAUGCUGGAGCCUGGUUUGCGGCGUCACGGUCUCACUUCUCGUCCUCAAGGUCCGCCGUCGCGUCAUGUACCUCACAUGCACCAUCAGCUUGCUGCUGUGCUACACUGGUUGGACCAUCUCAAUGGAGCGAGCGCAGACAGCGGUGGAUGCUGGCCAGCCCAACAAUGCGGCCAACAUCGCCGUGCUGUUUUUCAUCUACGCGUACUCUCCUUGCUACAACAUGGGAUACAACGCGCUCACGUACACCUACAUGGUGGAAGUAUGGCCGUUCAUGGAGCGGUCGCACGGUAUCGCCAUCUUCCAGCUCUGGGGCCGCCUUGCGGGAUUUUUCACCACUUUCGUAAACCCUAUCGGGCUCGACAGUGUUGGAUGGAGGUACCUGAUUUCGUACUGCUGCUGGUUGGCGUUUGAGGUCGUUUUCGUGUACUUCAUGUUCCCGGAAACGUUUGGCCGAACGUUGGAGGAACUCGCAUUCAUGUUCGAGGACAAGCGGUUCGCCGACCAAGCUGUCGCCGCUGUCAGGAAGGCUGUUGGGGAUAGGGAUGAAGAUUCUCACCCUAUUAAGCACAUAUCAGAUUGA